AUUUUUUUCUGUUUAUAACUUUAACUGUAAAUUUGUGUUUACAGUCAAAUUCUUAGUUUUCCUUUUAAAUUUUAAAUUAUCUAAAUGAUUUGGUUAUGCAUUCUUCAAAUAAACCCUUCAAUUUCGGCUCAUACGUAUCAAAUGAUCAGGCACUGAACAAAAGAAUUCCUGGUAAUCCAAAAUAUCAACAUGUGAAGCCAGCUGUAAAUUCAGGUUCUACUGUUCAAAAACAGAUUGAUGAACUUAGAGAAAAACAAAAAAAUUGUUUGCACAAAAAAGAUGAAGUUUUUAACCGCAUUAAGUUUUCAAGUUUUAUAGAGUUGCUGGUUGAAGCUGCUAAAGUAAAAUUAAAGUUGGAAAAAGAAAAAUCACAGGAUGGCAGCAAUAUUGAAGGUUCUGUUAAGUCUAGUGAUAAUAAGCAUCCAGAUAAGGUUUUACCUAAUGUUAUAAUGGGAAUCGGUGAAAUUGACCUUGCUAACCAAAAAAGGAAUCCAUCAUCUACUGUACAUAAAUUGGAGAAGGAGCUGCCCUAUUUAUUACUAGAUGUUAGGGAUAAAGAACAAUUUGUUCAAAAUAAUAUUAAAACAGCCAGGCAUUAUCCAUCAGCUCUACUUGCCCGAUCAGUUGGCUUUGAAACAGAAGAAAUGAAAUUAUACAAAAACAGUUCUCCGGAAAUUAUUAUUGUGUAUGAUGAUGAUGAAUCAAUUGCAGUUCGAGUAGCAACAACUCUAGUCCAACGUGGUUAUGAUAAUGUAUUUGUACUUACUGGAGGAUUAAAACAUUGCCUACAAGUUUUUCCUAAAAAGCCUUUAUCUCAUCUUUGUACAAAUCAGCCUAGUCAGAGUGGUUCUCCUGCCGUUGUUGUAAAAAAUGGUUUUAGUGAAUUGUCUCAAGAAGAUAUUGAUGUAAUAGAACAAUAUUUAGACUAUCCUAAACACGAACAGAACAAUCAAAAUAAAAGGGCUGGCUCUUCUAUGUCUGGAAGUAAAAAACUAGGUGAUGAAGCGGUCGAAAUGAAGUAUAAACCAAGCUCCUUGACUUACAGAAGGGACAGCAACAGCAGUCUGAAAAGCAUAGGCCACACUGGACUGAAAUUGACCAAAAGUGCCAUGGACAGUAGAGCCAGAGGAGGCAAAAAGGCUCCUUGGAAAUAGAGUAGUCGCAAUCAGUAGCCUCAGAUUACUUGUAAUUGCCGUCCACUAUAUGCACCAUUUACUAAGAGCUUUGAAAUUUUAUCAUGUUUGUAUUUAUUUUAAUUCAAAUGUUUAAUUUAUUAAAGUUUUUCACUUA